AUGCUGCAAGAUAAUACUGGGCCGGUUGUCAAGAAGGCGAAACCUUCAGAAAGGUUGCAGUGUGAAUAUUUCAUGGAAAAAAAGAAAAGAAGAUGUGGGAUGACUAGAAGUUCUCAGAACUUAUAUUGCUCCGAACACUUGAACUUGGUGAAAAAGGCCACUGGUUCUGAAAUACAUAAUAGGAAUGGCAGUGAAGCAGUAAAGGGAAGGGAAAGAAUUCCCUGCCCACUGGAUGUGAACCAUACAGUUUGGGCAGAUCAAUUGAAUAAGCAUUUGAAAAAAUGCAAUAAGACCAAACUAAGCCAUUUGAAUGAUGGCAAAUCAUUCUACGAACCAGGUUAUAACGGGAGGAAGGAAGUGGUGUCGUCAUUUGUCAAAACAGAUCUUACGGCCAAUCAUUUGACUCAGUCUAUUGAAUUAUUGUAUAAAGUUUUUGAGGGAGAGUCCAUGGGUGAGUUACCUUUGAGGCAGCUGAAUAAUGAACUUAUGUCUUCAAAACGAUUCCCUCAACUACUUUCGAACGUCAAACACGCUGUUCAGCAGUCCUCGCUGAUCGAGAACUUAGUUGCUGUUGGUGCACUGGAGAGGCCGGAGAGUUUGAGUUUCAUUGAGUUUGGAUGUGGCAGAGCAGAGUUCUCGCGUUAUAUCAGUUUGUACGUUUUAACCCAAUUGACCCAUUCGUCAGACGAGCAUUUGGAAUCGAAUCUCAACGAGUUUGUAUUGGUUGAUAGAGCAGCCAAUAGGAUGAAAUUCGAUAAAAAAAUAAAAGAUGACUUUUUAGAAAUAAAGUCACAUUCUAAUUCCGGGACUAUUAAUUGUCCCAUCAUCAACAGGAUGAAGAUAGACAUCCGAGACUUGAAGCUAGAUUCCGUUUUGAAAUCGACACCUGAGGAUAAGACGCAGUAUGUUUGUAUUUCAAAACACCUUUGUGGAGUUGCUACGGAUCUAACCUUACGGUGUAUUAAAAAUAGUUCGAUUUUACAUGGCGAUAACCAUGAGAAAUCCAGUUCCAAACUAAAGGCAAUUUGCAUUGCAAUGUGCUGCAGGCAUGUUUGCGAUUACAAUGACUAUGUCAAUCGCAGUUACAUUACGUACCUUCUUGAGAAGUAUAAAGUCGGUGCUUCCAUCUUAACGUAUGAAACAUUUUUCCACGUCCUGACUAAACUCUGUUCUUGGGCUACUUGCGGAAUGAAACCGGGCACCGAUAUUAUGGAUACAGUAAACAUUGUGGAAUCGUUUAAAGGAAGCGAUCCGUACACAAUAACUAUUAAAGAAAGAGAAACCGUUGGAUUGAUGGCUAGACGUGUAAUUGACGAGGGUAGAUUGGCAUAUGUGAAAGAAACGUUUACGGGGUUCAACGCCGAGCUGAUAAAGUAUGUAGAGGCUGAUGUGUCUCUAGAGAACGUUGCCAUGUUAGUUUAUAGAAAGUAG